AUGGCAUCAUUACCUACAGCUCCCCAUCCUGCAUUGAAAUACGCGCCAGUUCCACCUGGAGUUGACCAACCACCACCACAUCCAGCUGUGGUGAACUAUGGAUCCUCACCGCCGUCAGCAAAAGUAUCGUUAACAACUUGGUGGGAAAAGUUUAAAAAGAAGCCUGCAGCUCCAAAAGAAGGCGGGGAUAAGGACCACACACCGGGUAUAUUUGGAGUGCCCUUAAGUAAAAGUAUCAAAUACGCCAAUGUUGCGAUUUCGUUAACGGACGGAAACGGCGAGCAAUUUAUAUAUGGUUAUGUCCCAAUUGUGGUCGCCAAAUGCGGUGUUUUCCUCAAAGAAAAAGCUACCAACGUUGAGGGAAUCUUUCGACUAAGUGGGUCUGCAAAGCGGAUAAAGGACCUGCAAACCAUUUUUAAUUCUCCGGACAAGUACGGUAAGGGACUGGACUGGGCUGGUUAUACCGUCCAUGAUGCGGCGAAUAUUUUUCGUCGAUAUCUUAAUCAAUUACCCGAGCCGAUUAUUCCACUGGAUUUUUAUGCCCGGUUUCGUGAACCACUACAGUGUGCGCAGGAAGAUUUCGACGCCCUUGCAGCUAUCCGUGCCUACCAAGAUCUCAUCGGCAAGCUUCCUGCACUUAAUAGACAGCUACUUCUCUACAUCCUGGAUCUUUUGGCUGUUUUUGCCUCUAAAGCUGAACAAAAUUUGAUGACCGCAAGCAACUUGGCGGCUAUCUUUCAACCGGGAUUAAUAAAUCACCCAACACAUGACAUGUCACCCAAUGACUACAAGUUAUCUCAGGAUGUACUAGUGUUCCUUAUUACCAAUCAGGAUCACUUUUUGCUGGGAAUGCGAGGGAAUCCCGAAACCGAAGCGGUAGAUAACCUCAGUGUGCCCGUUGCCCCGGCAGCACCGGCGUCUCCACGGCGCGCAAAGACUGUGCUUAGUAGAUCUCCGUCAAACUCGAGUGCUGGGGCAGAUGACGUUAGGAAAUAUGGCAACCUCCGAAGAAACGUUUCUGUUACAUCUAAGAGGUCUAUUGUCGGCGGUCCAAUCGUUUCAAACAAUAGUGGAGGGUUAAGCAGGAGUAAUACACUUCCUUCAAAGAGGUCGCCCAAUGCGUCACCGGUAACCUUUAGAGGGGAGAAUAACUCAACUCCAGGCUCGCCCCGUGGGGGUUUGGCCAUGGAUAAAAACUCCAUCUCGAGAUCUCCCUCUGUCGGAGGGCGAGCGCGUGAUAAUGCUACUCCGGUAACAACCUCCUCCGAUGAUAGUUCCAAGACUGUAAAACCCAUGGCAGCACCUCCGAGAACAUCCCCCCCUCCUCCAGUGAACACAGAAGUCCCGCCAGCGCAGCAGCGAACUGUGACUACCCCAACCAAAGAGCGUAAUUUUGCUGCAAGUUUUUUUGCAGGAUUGUCGCCGGAGCCACACCAAAGGACUGGCAAUAAGUUGAGGAAACAGAGACCUGGCAGCACCACUCAUUCAGCUGAUUCUUCAACAACUAACUUGGGAGUCGAGGCUAACGCCAGUAAUCCAUCCAUUCAAAAUGGUCACGGGCCUCCUCCGACGUCACAUUCAUCUAUAGGUGGAGACACGCUUAUACAGGCCUCACAACAGCCUCAUACAGCUCCAACUACGUCCAUGUUGAGCUUUUUCGGUGUUUCGCAGCAGGGCAAUGCUCCUCAUUCAGCAGCUUCGUCGGCAACUCUGAUGCCGGCAAUGUCGCCAACCCCUUCAACUACCUCCAGCGUUGCCAGCCAGAGUAGUUCUCAUGAAUUUUCAGACACUGCAAACCCCCCAAACUCUCCCGAGAAGAAGAGGCGGUCAAGAUGGAGGUUAUCUGGGCAAAAGAUGGACCUCGCACCUACAAGUCCAACAUUUGGCAACGGUCAUAGUCAUGGUCAUAACUCUACAGCAAGCCUAGCUGAGAGGAUAAGAGGAACAUCUCGGAGCCCCCCACACCGGACUAGGAGUGUUAGUGGCGAAACGUCAGGCAUGAGCGACAGUGAGGAAAGACGAAGUGCUCUGGGGUGGCUCUCUCAAAAGUUGAAUGAGCGGAGGCAACAUCAGCAACAAUGUGAUAGAGAGCGAGAGCAAAAAGAGCAUGGACGCCCACAUGGAAGGGACGAUAUGCAUCUUUCGAUGGACAAUCUACCAAAAAUGACAAUGCCGCUACCAGGUUCUCCGCGAGUACAACCACCAACACCCUCUAGUGUAUCACUUCCCACACAGCCAACUCAAGAACAUAUUCUAGAGUCGCCUCGUGAUAGGGAAGGCAAUGGAAUUUUCCGUCGGGACCGGCAAUCACAACAGCCACACCACCGAAAUGCUCCAAUGCAUGGCCCUAUGCAACCAUCUGCCCCAGCGGUUCCAGCUCACGGUCCCGCUUCGGUACGCCCAUCUCCAAUGAGUACACCGCGCACUUCGGAGGAAAGAGCACGCAUGAGAGAGAGCCAGCCUCUUUAUAGGGAAACUCAGGCACAGCAGUAUCAAAGAGAACUUCGCGCACAGCAUAAGGAAGGUCAAAUCGCCCAAAGGGAACCUGUAGCACACCCAAGAGACAACCAAGGACAGGUGCGCUCGAGAGAGGUUUCUAGGGAAAGCCAGACUCAUCAAAGGGAUCUUCCGUUAAGUAGGGGUGGAAGUCAGACACACCCAAGAGAGCUUACGCCAAAUCAGGGAGGAGGUCUUACGCGCCAGAGAGAAGUUUCGGCAGAUCGAAGGGACAGCCAAACGCACCAGAGAGAUCUCCCAAGGAACCAUAGGGACGGUCACAUGCACCAAAGAGAGGCUUCCAAUUCAAGGGACGGUCAUAUGCACCAAAGAGAGGUUCCAGCGGGCCCGAGGGAUAUUCAUAAGAGAGAGGUAUCAGGUCCGAGGGAUAUUCAUACGCAGUUAAGGGAAGCCCUAAUUGGUCCAAGGGAGAUGCAAGGUAGGGAUAUUUCGGGCCCAAGGGAUAUUCAGACGCAAUUAAGUCAGAUGCAUUCGAGGGAGGCGUUGGUGAGUCCAAAGGAUAUCCAAAGUAGGGAGGCUUCUAUCCCAAGAGAUCCUCAGAUGCAACAGCAUAGAGAUAUUUCGGGCAAUCAAAGGGAAACUACAUUGCACCAAAGGGAGACCUCGGCACAUCACGGGGAAUCAUCGACUCAGCAUCAGGAGGGUUCAAUCCAUCAAACCGAAGUUUCUGAAUUGCCCUUGUAUGCACCUGUUCCUGGGGAAUCGAUUGAACCUGAAACUCAAAUUCAGGCGCGGCGACGACCACAGGCAAUACGCCCUGGUGAGCCACUUUUGCUACAAGGAAUUAUGCCGCAGGGACCGCCCGAUGGGCGCAUGUCCGAGGGAAUGCUCAGCAGUCCUAUGUCUCCUGGCCCCAUGUCACCACCUGGCACAGCGUUGUAG